GGAGACGAUCACGAUUGAGGAGGAGCACACAGGCGCACUCACCGCCUUCCUCCUUCUCUUCCUCUUCCUCCCACCCCGCCCCCCCCGGGGGGGCGGUACCCUGGUCCCUAGGGGAGGUCUGCACCCUGGGAGGGUGGCGGCCGGGGAGGAGGGCUGGGGUUGGGACUGCUGCGGCGGGUGGCGGACGCCGCGGGCCCCUCCUCCACGCUCCCUCGCUGCCUCCCCCUGCUCCCUGCCCCUCCUCCUCUCCAUCCUCCCCAUCUUCCUACUGGUCCCCGGCAGCCGCGGCUAGGGGAGCAGCCGGCGGCACCCCGACCGCUCAGCCAUUGUCUCGGGCCGCGGGGCGCCCCCAGGCCCAGUGCAGCGCUGUAGUGUCCUAGGGAGCUAUGCAAGCACAUGGCUGCCACAGAGACAGGACAAGGAUGUGACUGAUAACUCACAAAACCCAGCUAGCACCUCCAAAGAAAGAUUUCUCCCAACGAUAUUCAAGAGCCCUAGAGAUCCUGCAAUAAUCGAUUGAAAAGAUGAAGCCAGCAGACAGAAAAUGAAAGGCACCCGAGCGCUGGAGGGUUCCCUUGUAGCUACUUCUAUCCAGGUCCCGAAUUUCUCUUCACCAUGGCCUGUAACAGCACACCCAUGGGGACUUACGAACAUCUCCUGCUGAAUGUGAGCAACACUUUGGACCCCGGGACCACCCCACUGUCCACACCGCUCAGGAUCUCGCUGGCAAUAAUGAUGCUGCUCAUGAUCGUGGUAGGAUUCCUCGGCAACACGGUGGUCUGCAUCAUCGUGUACCAGAGGCCAGCCAUGCGUUCAGCCAUCAACCUGCUGCUGGCCACCUUGGCCUUCUCAGACAUCAUGCUGUCCUUAUGCUGCAUGCCUUUCACCGCCAUCACCCUCAUCACUGUUCGCUGGCACUUCGGGGACCACUUUUGUCGGCUUUCAGCUACUCUCUAUUGGUUUUUUGUCCUUGAGGGCGUGGCCAUCCUGCUCAUUAUUAGCGUGGACCGAUUUCUCAUCAUCGUGCAGCGUCAGGACAAGCUGAACCCACGCAGGGCUAAGAUGAUCAUCGCGGCCUCCUGGGUGCUGUCUUUCUGCAUCUCUGCGCCCUCCUUCACUGGCUGGACGUUCAUGGAGGUGCCUGCUCGGGCCCCACAGUGCGUGCUGGGCUACACUGAGUUCCCAGCGGAACGUGCCUAUGUGGUGACACUGGUGGUAGCAGUGUUCUUUGCUCCCUUCGGCGUCAUGCUGUGCUCCUAUCUGUGCAUCCUCAAUACGGUGCGGAAGAACGCUGUCCGUGUGCACAACCAGUCGGACAGCCUGGACCUCAGACAUCUAACCGGGGCUGGCCUGAGACGUCUCCGGCGGCAGCAGCAGCAGGCCAGCCUGGAUCUGAGCUUCAAAACCAAGGCCUUCACCACCAUCCUCAUCCUCUUCGUGGGCUUUUCGCUCUGCUGGCUGCCGCACUCAGUCUACAGCCUGCUGUCUGCGUUCAGCCGGCAGUUCUAUUACAGCGCCUCCUUCUACACCACCAGCACAUGCGUCCUGUGGCUCAGUUACCUCAAGUCUGUUUUCAACCCCAUUGUCUACUGCUGGAGGAUCAAGAAAUUCCGCGAGGCCUGCAUAGAGUUGCUUCCCCAAACUUUCCAAAUCCUCCCUAAAGUGCCUGAGCGGAUCCAGAGGAAAAUCCAGCCGAGCACCGUCUAUGUGUGCAACGAAAACCAAUCCGCUGUCUAGGGAGCAGGUGAGUGCAGGUCGACAGACCACUCAAAUGGUCCCGGCCCAGACUCUGCUCCCUAGCCUUUAGUUGUCUGCGUUCUGUGGUGACUACACAAGCACAAAGGUACUCAUUUGUUACCAGGUGAUCUGUGGCUUUCAAUUUUCCAGUUUCCAUUCAGAUGAAUUAUUGUCUUCUCUCUCUCAGAAAAACCAUAUAUAGCUCUCAUGGGAAUUGGGGCUUGCAGAAGUCGGCCAGAAAGUGAGAAGGGAUGUGGGGGAAGCAAAAAGUGAAGUCGGCUGAGGGUGGGGCAAGAGGAGAAUCUGCCAAUAGAGCACGUCACUUUCAUCCAAGCCCCCACUCCACAUGCUCAGGAGAAACCCCUGGUGGCAGAUCGUGGUGGCCAUUGUUCACUCUGAUGCCGGCAUUCUUCAGAGUUGUAUCUGCAGGGCCUGGGUACAACACAGAGGUCUUUAUAAUGUUCAGCUGUGUGUUUCUGAUCACAUAAAAUUAUCCUUUCUAGAAAGGAAUCACGCUGGGGUUGGGAUGUUCUUAAGGUCUCCAGUGUGGCAGGGGAUGGUGGUGUCAGUGGCCCAAAGCUCAAAAUGUGCUUUGUGACAGCUUAACCGAAAUGAGGAAUCCACCUAGACACUCACUCAGGCAAGUGCCCAACCCUUACACAUCUGGCUAGCCUGACAGUCCCUGUCUAUCUGCUCCUGUCCCCUCUCUGAUCCCUCUGUUUGCAUCCUUUCCAGUGUGCUAAGAACAUAUUUCGUGUUCCUCAUCCACUGGACAAAUGUUUGCAGUGACUUGCUCUCGGAAGCAGGAGCAGCCAGUGGCCCUGGCUUUGUUUACACAUCUCUGGACAACCCAGAGCCUUGUGAGGCACCAAAUCCACAUUAGCACUGGAACUGCUAUUGGGAUAGAACAGACACCCUUCCCCAAAGUGGGGCUUACACCCAUCCACCUCUGUUCCUCCUACCUCACUCAUGUCCACUGCUGCUGUCAAAUCCUCUUGCCCAGAACCUGAUCCUGGGAGUGAAAUUACUUAGAGGAGACACUUUGCUUGUACCCUACACUUGGCCCACUCUGCUUGUGGCCGUCCGUUAUGACAGCUUCCAGUGUAGGAAGGUGAGUCCUGCAGAUCUGGGACACGGCAGUGGGUCCAUUGAGCUCUCUUUACCAAGUCAGAUCUGAAGAGAGGGAGAAAUUCAGAAAAUCUGAUUCCAGGUCUGACUCUUAUCAGGGACCAGUUAGUAAUAUUGUUCAUUUCAUCUUCUUCUGUCAGCCUCAGUUUACCCGAUUGUUAAAGGAGAAAGCAGGUCUACACGGCUUCAGUUCCCUUCAUUCUACACUUACAUUAGCCAAAAGGCUAAGAAGCGAUAAGUCCCCUGGGUUCUCAAAACUGGAUGUCUCCUGCCUGGGAUCACCAGGUCCUGUGCAUUCAUGUAUUCACCUGUAGCUGGGCAUUUAUUAAGUGCCUGUUGGAUGAAAUGCACUGUGCAAGUAAUAGUAGUGGGAAAAGACUGGACAACACCUAAACCCAAUUGAUUUAUCUCAGGAGUGUGAGAACUCAGCCCGCUUUGCUCUUUUCUUCUCUCUCUCCAAGUUGUACUCAGAUCCCAGCUCCCGACUCUCCUGCUCUCUGUGGUGAUGGAGACAGUGAAGGAAGCUGGGGUGUGACGAGACCAUAACUUACGUUAAGUUCAGCCCAGGGAAGUGUGUCUGUCAAGAAAACGACUGACUGGUUUCCAUCGGAAAAGAGGGAAAGGGAGAGAAGAUGGUACUGGUGUGUAGUUUAUCAAAGCUGGUGCCACCAAUCCUAUGCCUCUCUCAGUACCCCAGCAAGGAUAGGAUUAGCCUCAGCUUCCAUGGGUCAGGUUCACAGGGCCCAAUGGUGCACGAGAGAAUUGCCAGACCACUGUGGGGGGCAAGCCUAUGGGCGCCUCUCCUCCAGUGGUAUUUUAGAGAAUUUUUUUCAGGAACCUUGAACAAAAGGAGAAAUCACAAAACUGAAUGAAGGUACCAAAAUUUACAUCAAUGUGUGUUAUAUGAUGUAUGUUGGAUAGUAAUAUAUAUGUUUCAAAGUAAUAAUUUUGUAUAUAUUUUAAAUAAAGUAUUAUGGCUCUUU